AUGGAACAUUUUAUUACUAACUCUUUCAAAGAUUUACUUCAUAAAACAGCUAAAGAACAAAACUUUGUCGACUACAAUCUAGACAUCAAGGAAAUAUCGAGUGGAGGAGCUAACUAUACAUCCAAGUUGUUUGCAGUGAGCAUUACUGAAGGUUCUAACACACUGCGGCUGUUCUGCAAAGUCACGGCCAUCGGUGAGAAGAUGCGAGCUCAGUUGGCUAAAAUAUUCACAACAGAACAUUUUUUCUAUACAAAUCUGGGGAAAAUGUAUAGAAAUAUCGAAGACUGUUGUGGAAUACCAGACGAACUUAGGUUAAAUGUCAGCAAGUACUACGGAAGCAUUACUGAGCUAAACGAAGAAGUGAUGGUGCUGGAGGACCUCACGGCAGCCGGGUACGAGGCUUACGACCGGUUCAAGUCGAUAGACUGGCCGUACGCGCAGGCAGCGACCCGGGAGCUGGCGAAGUUGCACGCAUGCGCCUGGGCAUAUGCUAAACAGGAUCCCGAAGGGUUUGGAGAUGUAAAGAAAAAGUUAUUGUAUGAUAUUAAUAUGGACGAAUCUGAUACAGAAGUUUAUGCGACCAAAAUGAUAGGAAAUGCUGUUAACAUUCUUCUUCUUCAGGAGAAGAAAGAUAAACUGAUCAAAUAUUUUGAAGCGUUAGACCCGGACACAUACAAAAUGAUGCAGAAAACGAGCCGACGACUGGUGCUGUGCCAUGGAGACUACAAACCCAGCAACUUGAUGCAUAAGAUUCUUGAAGAUGGCACGGUAGACAUUAAAGUUGUCGACUUACAGACCAUGCAGGCGGGAAGUCCAAUUGUUGACUUGCUAUACUUCAUCAUCGCGGGCACUGACGAGAAGUUCCGCGCGCAGUACUUCGACAAGUUGCUGGACCACUACUAUACAGAGCUCAGCGCCGCCAUGAAGAGGCUGCAGCUCAACCCUGAUGAGACUUUCUCUAGAGAAGACUUCGAUUGUGAAGUGAAAGAGAAGCUGCCUUAUGGGCUUCUCCUAGCAGUCUUCGUCUUGCCAGUCCUUACCGUGGAGAUGGAGAAUGCCCCCCAGGUGGACGAGUCCCUCGACAUCUCCAAGUUCAACGUGGAGAAGACCAGCGACCUGUACGCGGAGAGGCUGAACGGAGUUGUCAACGACUACGUCAAGUGGGGGAUUCUUAAGUAG